AUGGGGCUCCGGCUCCCGCUGCGCCGGAGUGCCAGCUUCACCCCUGACCACCCUGCCCUCAUGGAGCUUCCUGGCCCCACCACCCUGAAGAUGGAAGUGAAUGUCCUUGUUAUGGGAGCGGACAAGGUGGGGAAAUCGGCUCUGACUGUGCGUUUCCUCACCCGGCGCUUUAUCGGGGAGUACGGAGACAUGGAAUUCAUCUACAGCCACAACCUGACUGUGGACGGCCGAGAGAUUCUCUUCCACAUCUGGGAUGUCCCCAAUUCCCAGGAGCAGGCAGAGGAGGGCUCCUCAGAGGAGAAGCGAAUCCAGUGGGCAGACAGCUUUGUCCUGGUCUACAGCAUCUGUGACCGUGCCAGCUUCAACAUCUUGCCCCUCAAAAUCCAGUUCAUCAAGGCAGCCAAGGAGGGGCAGAGCCAGGAGAAGGUGCCCAUCAUCAUUGUGGGCAACAAACGUGACCUGCACCACCAACGAGUGGUGUCCAGCGAGGAGGGACGGCUCCUGGCCCUCUCUUUAGACUGUGGUUUCUAUGAGGUCUCAGCAGCUGAAGCUUAUCAUGGGGCCCUCAUGGUCUUCCACGGACUGGCCGAGCGCAUCCCUGACACCAAACUGGCACUGAAAAAGGGUACGAGGAUCCGUGGCAUCGUCAAGACCAUGUCAGCUGUGUUUGCCCGAAAGCGAACGGACUCACUGUGA